UACAAAUUCUACUUGUGCACUUCCAUAGUGUCUGUCUGAGUGACUCAGCUGAGACUUGAGAGAGAGAGAGAGAGAGAGAGAAAUGGCAUCAUCAUCAUCCUCACUGUCCCUCUCCUUCUCUUCUUCUAUCCUUCCUUCCACACUUGCUCAAAGCAACAACAACUGUAAUACUAAACCCAGAUCCCAUCAACCUAAACACACUCUUGUUCUAUGCGCGUAUGCUCCAACUUCUACUUCACCUAAAAAGAAGCACUGGAAGCAAGGUGAAUUCCCUGGAUUUACCGAAACUUCACCUCCCAGAAGAACCCCAAUCAAAAAUAUUAAAAAGAAACUGGACCGCAAGAACAAAGCUAAGGCCUGGGUCAACACUGUUACUGAAGCCUUGUCCGACCGCAUUCUCAAGAAGCAGUGGUUCCAAGCCCUCGAGGUGUUUGAGAUGCUAAAAGAACAACCUUUCUAUCAUCCAAAAGAAGGAACUUACAUGAAACUCCUGGUUCUCUUGGGCAGAACUGGCCAGCCCCAACGUGCCCAUCAACUUUUCGACGAAAUGGUCGAAGAAGGAAUUGAACCUACAGCUGAACUUUACACUGCAUUGCUUGCAGCUUAUUGCCGCAACCAUCUUACUGAUGAGGCUUUCUCCAUUCUUCAACAAAUGAAAACUCUCCCUCGUUGCCUGCCUGAUGUUUACACCUAUAGCACCUUACUCAAGGCUUGUGUUGAUGCUUCGAGAUUUGAGUUGGUUGAGGCUUUAUAUCAAGAAAUGGGUGAAAGAUUGAUCACUCCUAAUACAGUCACACAAAAUAUAGUUUUAAGUGGAUAUGGGAAGGCUGGGAUGUAUGAUCAGAUGGAGCGGGUGCUCUCUGGGAUGUUAGAGAGUACCGAGUGCAAACCUGAUGUUUGGACUAUGAACAUCAUCCUCAGCGUGUUUGGUAACAAGGGUCAGAUUGAUUUGAUGGAGAAAUGGUAUGAGAAGUUCCGUAGUUUUGGAAUUGAACCGGAAACUCGCACUUUCAACAUUUUGAUUGGUGCUUAUGGAAAGAAACGGAUGUAUGAUAAGAUGUCAUCGGUGAUGGAGUUUAUGCGCAAGCUUCAAUUUCCCUGGACGACCUCAACUUACAACAAUGUGAUUGAAGCUUUUGCAGUGGCGGGGGAUGUGAAACACAUGGAGUAUACAUUUGAUCAGAUGCGAGCAGAGGGCAUGAAAGCAGACACCAAGACAUUUUGUUGCCUUAUCAAUGGAUAUGCCAACGCAGGUCUGUUCCACAAGGUAAUUAGCAGCGUGCAGUUGGCUACAAAGUUUGAAAUACCGGAGAAUACCACAUUCUAUAAUGCAAUUAUAUCCGCAUGUGCCAAGGCAGAGGAUUUGAUGGAGAUGGAGAGAGUUUUUAAGCGAAUGAAAGAUAAUCAAUGUCAACCAGAUUCAACAACCUACUCUAUCAUGGUGGAGGCAUACAAGAGGGAAGGCAUGAAUGACAAGGUCUAUUAUUUGGAGCAGGAGAAACAGGGGAUGGUUGCUCAUGUGAUGCCUCUUUUAACUGAACAGGUUGUUUCUGGUUGACAACUUCUAGCACAACUACUGCUUGUCUACUAUCAAACUUGUUUUGUGGAAGAGUAGAUUAAACCCUAGGCUUAACAUUUGGUUACUGUAUCCUCUCUGAUUGCAUGUCCUUGUAAAUUGCUUCAAAAGUCUGUUAUGCAUAAGAUUGAUGUUAUCAAGAUGAGUUGUACCAGACAUAAUUCAACAGUGUCCAUACAUAUGCUACGAGUUUUUCAUUUUUGAUGUUAA